UGAAAUUUAUACAAGUGAGAAAAGAGAGAAAAAAAAAAAACCAAAAUUUUCAAAAUUAUAUCAUGGGUUCUGUAUUAGCACCAAAGCUUCCUGUCCUGGACUUCACUCAAGAAAACUUGAAGCCUGGUUCAAGUUUCUGGGUCAAAACCUGUAGUGAAGUUAGGCAAGCUCUUGAAGAGUAUGGCUGUUUUAUAGUAAAGUACAACAAACUAUCUCCAGAACUUCGAAACUCGGUUUUUGGUGCCUUGAAAGACUUGUUUGAUCUUCCUACUGAGACCAAAAUGCAGAACAAAUAUGUAAAACCCUUAAAUGGCUAUGUUGGACAGAUACCUAAAAUCCCUCUCCAUGAAAGCUUGGGCAUUGACAAUGCAACUUCUUUAGAGGCACUUCUAAGUUUCACAAAACUCAUGUGGCCCGAUGGAAAUCUUCGCUUCAGUGAGCCUAUUUUUGAGUAUGCAAAGUUGGCAGCAGAGCUUGAUUACAUGGUGACCAGAAUGGUAUUUGAAAGCUAUGGAGUGGAAAAGUUACAUGACUCUUACAUUGGGUCUACUACUUAUCUUCUCAGACUCUUGAAAAAUAGAGUUCCCAAAGGGGAUGAGCCUAAUUUAGGGUUUAUAACUCACACUGACAAGAGCUUCACAACCAUACUUCAUCAAAAUCAAGUUGAUGGCUUGGAAGUUGACACUAGAGAUGGUGAAAAGAUCAUGGUCGAGUUUUCACCUUCAUCGUUCGUAGUCAUAGCAGGCGAUGCUUUAAUGGCAUGGAGCAAUGACAGGAUUAUGUCUCCUAGCCAUAGAGUGAUGAUGAAUGGGAAGGUAGAUAGAUAUUCGACGGGGCUAUUUGCUUUCAACAGUGGAAAAAUACAAGUACCUCAAGAACUUGUAGAUGAGGAACAUCCAUUGAUGUACAAGCCGUUGGAUCAUAUUGGAUUACUCUAUUUUUAUCGUACGGACGAGGGUUACAAAUCCAAGUGUCCUGUUAAGGCCUAUUGUGGUAUUUGAAAUAAAAACCAAAAUGAAAAUAAUUUGUAUCUCUAUAUAUUAUGUAUUGUUAUAUUAAUUAUUAAUGUUCUGCUCUAUGAAUUAUCAAAUA